CACACGAACGGUGAUAAUAUCCACGGGCUGCAGGCAGGAGGAACAAAGAAAGCCGUCCUUUCACUUCGUCAACACGGACACAUAUCCACGUCGGAGAGGCAGGUUUCACCGGUUCCCCUCCCUACUUUAAACACUUUAAACACUGUUAAAUGUCUCCUUGCGUCGUGAGUGCCGCUGCAUUGUUUUGCUGAGGAAAGAGGAAACUUGGCGUCGAGAGGUUUUGGUCUUUCUCCAAACCUGGAUAUUGAGAAGAUACCGCACGGAAAUAACCAGUGUGUGAAACUGUGACCUGUGCCUUGCUGUCUUGGAAGAGAUGCACUUUUCUCAGGACGCCUGCAAUCGGAUGGAUUAAAAGGAGUGUGGUUCCCCCUCGCUGAAGACGGCGUGUUUUCCUAAAGCACCUUUCCACCCCGGACCCUCUGUGUUACCACUGCACCUAUGAGGUAACGUCAGGAACCAAAACCCCCUCCCCAUUACCACCCUCAAUCCACCCCCCGUCCCCCUCUCCCCCGUGUCCCUCAAACCCCCUCCUCCCAGCCAUGGGACAGAAGAUCUCUGGCAGUAUAAAGUCAGUGGAUGUUCGCGGGGAGCCCUCGUAUCGCCCGGUACGUCGAGAACUUCGGGGUCCGGACUUCUGUCGGCCCCCGCGACUCGACUUACUUCUCGACAUGCCGCCGGCCAGCCUGGAAACGCAACUCCAUCACUCCUGGAAUCCGGACGACCGGUCGCUCAACGUCUUCGUGAAGGAGGACGACAAGCUGACGUUUCACCGGCACCCCGUGGCUCAGAGCACAGACUGUAUCCGGGGGAAAGUGGGUUACACUCGGGGGCUUCACGUCUGGAGGAUCCACUGGCCGUGCAGACAGAGAGGGACGCACGCGGUUGUGGGCGUGGCCUCCGCUGAAGCGUCGCUACACUCGGUGGGCUACACGGCGCUGGUGGGAGCGGACUCUGAGUCCUGGGGCUGGGACCUGGGCAGAAACAGACUCUACCACGACGGGAAGAACCGCCCCGCUUCCACGCCGGCGCCAACGUACCCGUGCUUCCUGGAGCCCGACGAGUCCUUCGUGCUUCCCGACUCGCUGACGGUGGUACUGGAUAUGGACGAGGGAACGCUGAGCUUCAUGGUGGACGGACAGUAUCUGGGAGUAGCGUUCAGAGGACUUAAAGGAAAGAGACUGUAUCCGAUCGUCAGCGCGGUGUGGGGGCACUGUGAAGUUACGACUCGCUACGUCAACGGACUAGAUCCGGAGCCCCUCCCCCUCAUGGACCUGUGCAGACGAGUAGCUCGAGUGGCUCUGGGCAGAGAGCGCAUCCAUCACAUUGACACCCUCCCUCUGCCGCAGACGCUCAAGAACUACCUCCAGUACCAGUGACACACACACACACACACACACACACACACACACACACACACACACACACACACACACACACACACACACACACAC